CGUGUACAUCUACCCCAUCAGAUUGUUGGCCUACUGUAUGCCAAGAUGAAAGCUCCGUAUCUCCAUGUCUUUCUACUUAGUGGCCUGCAGCUACUUUUGUUGGCAGCACCAGCAGAGGCAUUCCAACUGAAUCAACCUCUGACUCUCCUGGUGGCGGAUGUUGGCGGCAAAACCAAAAAAGCAAAUGUUCCGACGGCGAAAGAUUCCAAGAGAACGCAUUCGUCGCUUUGGGGAGCAUCCGUAUCCAACGGGAAAGACCAAGAUGCGCCACAGCCAAGACGAAAUCUAGGGCGUAGUCUCGUUCCCAUGUCAACAGCAGUCAUUAUUGGAUCGUUCAGUGUCUUUGAGAUCCUCGAAAGCAGCCGCGAAAUGGUGGCAAAAUGGCAUAUUCAACACUGGCGAAGUGCCCAUGGUAUUACCCUCUUGGCGCUUAUCCGUCUUUUCAGGUCAAUUGCCAUUUUACAAACUCAGGCUGAAGAGUUUGGCGAACAGGUGGAAGAACUGAAUCCAGUGGAAAGCACACAAGAUCCUGUUUCCCGACGACGUGCUGUUGGAUUCAUCAAUAGGUUCAAGCGAAUUAUAGUUCGCGGGAUUACAUCUCCCAUCACUGCGAUUGUAGCCUGUUUCAUGGCUGCUGCGGCGUCCUUGGUGGAAAUAGUCGAAGACAUGCGGCCAGGAGCACAUCAUGGCGCGGCUCUCUUGGCCUUGUCUGAACUGUAUUAUCAGAUUCGACGGCUCAAGAAAGUCACUGGCAAACGACAUCUAUUUCGUUUCAAGGUUUCUCUGGGAGUACCCAUUGCACUGGCGGCAGCUGUCUUUGCGGGUUUUGAAUUAUAUGAGGAUAUCCAGCCUGGAGGUCAUCAUGGACUGGCCAUUCUGGCCUUGGCCGAAUUGGUGGAGAAUAUCAAUCGUUCCAAGGUUCUAUUCUGAACGCAGAGCACAGCUCACAAGGUGGUCAUUAUAACAUUGCGGCGCAGCCUGCUCUCCUUUUCCUGCGACUAGCUGUUCAUUGCAACUUUCUCCGCAGCAAGUACGGAGGCCAAUAGACGUGGAUAGCCUGACACAGCUACAGUCUUCGAUGUACGGUGAGAGCUACAGGCGACUACAGAUAGAUCAACUUGGUUCUGAUACUUUGCAGGACUGGCUACGGUACCGGUACCGUAGCCACUGUACCGGUACCGGUGCCGUAUGCAUACCGUAGGCGUGGAGCCCAAACCUUCAGUGUAGCUCGUAACUCAACAGCUUGCUGAGUCCUUUGGUGAAGACACCGUCGACCUCGGAAUGCUGGGGUUAUACAUUCUGGAUCUACUAGUACUGCUGUAGUCCUCAGAGGGGCAAAGGGCCACUUCCAAUUGUUUGGAGACACAGUCAAUACGGCAAGUUGAACAGAAAGCAAUGGUGCUGCCGCCGAUGCCCUCAUUGCAUCUGGAAAAGGACAUUGGUUGACAAAGAGGGAGUUGAGGCGAAAGGAAAGGGGGCGAUGCAAACAUACUUGUGAAUCAUCACACCAGGACUGCCAUGAAUGGAACAACGUCCGUAUGCUCUGCUUGGGUUGACACUCAGUCUACCUUUGAUGACAAGGAAAGAAUUGGUGCAACUGUUGACACAAACAUCGUAGCUAUUGGAAAGUCAAAAUGGCGUGACAUUGCCCAAGUACAGGCCGUACCGGUACCGUACGGUAUUAAUAGUCAACCCGGGCGGAACUUUGCAGGAAAGAGGAACGCAGUGCAACAGUGCUACUAGCCUAGAAGAAUUCAAUAUUGUUCACUGGGACUCAGUUUCGCUCCGACGUGUUAAAUCUUGGCGAUCAACGCGCCUUAAAGGAGCACUUGGAGCUUGGCACCACCUCCACAACACAAAAGAGAGAAAAAGGGGGCCUCGUAGCAAAGAGGA